UUCAUUUCGCUCCGGGAUCCGCCGCGUUUGUACGAGAGAAUGAGCCAGCCGUUAAUGUCGUUGAACCGUAACGUGCCCAUCCAGCUGUACUUCACGGGGGGCGCUCUCACCUCCUCAGGGAAGAACACGGGAGUCCUGGCUAGCCCUGCCGCGCACCCUUCAUUUCCGGCCGGCCUCGCGGCCCCCAUGCCAAUGCUUCCGGUGGUUCCGAGGCUGCCUCCGCUGGAGAAAAAACGCGAACGGUGUGAGGAGGACGAGGAAGGGGGAGCCGAGGUGUCACCCAGGCCGCUUCUCAACGGCUUUGGAUACAAAGCGGGCGGCUCGUUACCGUCCUCCCAGGAAGAGCUAGAGGAAAGCGACGUGGAGAUGGAAGCCUCGUCCAGGGGGUCUACCUCCCCUCCGGACAGCCCCACCUGUCCUAAGGAUAAUCUGUACAGGGACACCCAGCAGCUGCUUGUGGACUAUUUUAGGGAAUACGCCGGGGCGAAAAAGAGCUCCUUGGUGCUGGCCUCGGCCGGACUCAGGAAAGCCAUGGACACUCUGAGGAGGGUUGGCGGGGACAUCAUAGACAAGCACCAGAUAGCCUUCCAGGGAAUGCUGACCAGGAUUUCAAUCAAUAGCUCUCAAGAUGUAAGGAAACUUUCCCAUGUCCCUAACUUGGUCUUCAACGAUGGAAUAACCAAUUGGGGCAGAAUUGUCACCGUGAUAAGCUUUGGUGCUUUUGUCGCCAAGCAUUUGAAGAGCAUGCAUCUCGAGGACAGCAUUAUCACGCUAGCCGAAAGCUUUACGGAAUUCCUUAUGACAAGCAAGAGAGAGUGGAUCGUUCAACACAAAGGCUGGGACGGCUUUGUGGAAUUCUUCCACGUGGAAGACUACGAAAGUGGAAUCAGAACAGUUCUGAUGGCGUUUGCUGGCGUUGCAGGACUUGGGGCAAGCCUGGCAUACAUGAUCCGGUGAACUAUUUUCUUUUAAUAACGUCAAAGAAAAAGCUUUAAAGUUAUGCCAUCUGAAAUCCAUUAAGGAGUGUACACUUCUGCUUUUAAGAAGUAAUACGUAGAAGGUGGGAGAGAGACCAUGCUUGCGCUGCACCCCUGGAUGAUGUAGGCUGAAUACGCAGGAAGACCCAAGCCUGACUUUAUAAAGCAGGAUGCCAAAAGUAUAUCAUUUUGGUGGGAACGUUGUUGUAAAGUUCUGUUAAACAAAUGUUUAAUAUAUAUAUGUAAAGGAAGGAAUCUCCUUUCUAGUUUAAGUUCUGGGGUGUCUGCCACCAAAGGUUCUAACCCUAAAAGGCAACGUUCAAUCUACUAUAUGGAGGUCUCCUCUGUUUUCAACCAAGGUGAAUGAGCCCGAAGCGGAGGCGAUGAGACCGUAUUAUCAGCCCUUUGUUGAAAACAAGGACCCCUACACAUAGUGGGUUUAUUUUUGCCGCCCCCUUUAGACUACACGUGCCCAGCACUGAUUAGAAAUUCUAUGUUCUGUAAAUCUUGUAAAUAUUGUGAGAAAUUUAAUUAUUUUCAAUAAAUCACCCCACCCCUUAACAGGAACAGAGGUUACUGUACAUCGGGGUUUUUUUGUAUGUGUCGGGAAUUCACUGUUGUUGCAGUACCGCUCUACAAGAGUUCUGAGCAGGCAACUGCAUCGGUGAUCUCUUAUGUUACUAGGUUGUUUUCUUGGCUAUCAAAGAUUUAUUUUUUUAUCUAGAAAUGUUUUGCUUUUUAAUGAUCCCUCCGGCAGUUUUUUUUUUUUUGUUUCUUCACUCUUCGGUUUCCAGUAAGUGUUAAAUACAGAAAGUGAUUUUUUUUGUUUAAUGCGAGGAUCCCUGGAAGAUGGCUAAUUCAAAUUCAGUUUUUGUGUUUAAAUUUAAACUGCCUCGUAAAAAAGUUGACAUCCGAGGCCCAUGCAGGGACAGAUCAUACCUUUCAGUUUUCUUACGACGAAUUGACGAAUUUACGUGUUAGACCGCAGCAUCCCUGGGGCUAAAGUUUUUUAGUCUAGCACCAUACGCAAUGUUCUCGCAGAUCUAUCCAAGGUCUUCUAUGCGGAAACGUCCUUUAGCACUGCCGUGACUAUAAAUCGCAACCUGUUAGCAGCGCAUGGAUUGUAGGUGUAACAAAAGUUCUGAAUGUUCUGCUAGUUAUUUAAUCCCAGCUUGAAAUAACAUUCAGCGCGUAAUAACAUUCAAUGCGUAAUAAUUUGCUACCAAUGGUGCUGUUAUGUUUACAAAUGUUUUUCAAUAAAAAAAAAUAUUUUGGUUACGU